CGUCAGUCAUCUGGAUAUGCACGACACCCAGUCGUCUAAAGGCAAGACUCGAGAGGAUUCACACUGGCAACUAGGCUGGUGGGAGCUGUUGCCGUUAAUUAAUGGUCCCAGAAAGCCUGUGGCAUGGUCCCGCUCUUCUGUGAUCUAUGCGGCGCACCCAACACAGCCUAUGGUUAUUGCUAGACACUUUCCUUCUUCAAGACAGUUUAGCUUUCCUUGGCCGAGCCCGAUAAUGCAUAAUAUCGCAUCCUAUGACCCGCCUACAGUAAUCUCCGUGAGCCCAGCUGAGGACUGGCUGUUCGCAUACUUCCCAGGACGAAAUAGCGACGGUAUUGGCUGCUUGUGGAAACACGGACAUCAUUUGGACUCAUGGGUGGUCGAUGUAUGCUUCAGUUACGCCAAGUAUGCGGGCGUUGUAGCCGCGGAAUGGCUCUCCUCUGAGCGACCGUGGACAGUAGGAGAACACGGUGCGCCUUUCCGACUGCCUCCCCGAGGCCCGUCUCUUCCUUUGGACGGACCAGUGCUGUUCCUUGUAACCGAAUCGCACCAAGUGCAUGCCUACAGCGUGACCCACGGGAAGACAUUGAAAGGUUCUCUACAGCAGAUGUCGCGUCAGAUGGUCAACCUACAAUCAGAUGAGAAUCCUUCGCCUCCGCUGCAGGAAGAUGAGAAUGACCGUCAUAGCGGGAGGCGUGUCUGUACAUGGGCUGCUAUCGGGAUAUGUUACAAUGACCUUUUUCCGAUUGUUGCCACACGGUCCAAGCUGUUACCGCCGACUGAUGUAAAUGAUCCGUCGGUCGGCGAUAUCGACCUUAGUCUCGCGUUGGACAUUUCUGGUACUCCAACGCAGCUGGACAUCGCCAAUGCCACAGAAUGGGAACAGUGGGGAGGAGAGCAAGCUAUUAACCUCUGCAUGGUCGGGAUAAGGCUGGCCGCCACUGUGUUAGCUAUGUUCACAAAGCCUAUGCCAUCUAUAAAUACUCAGAGAGCGCAAAUGUCGGAUCUCCGUUUCUUUGCUGUCCCUCCAGAGAUCACACCUCCUAGUCCUACCAUUACAAGAGACCCUCGGAGGCCGAUGAAGAACAAUGGCAUGUCAGAAGCAGGCUCACUCUAUCUUGCAGUGAGCUAUCUCGAUUACGAUGAUUUCUCGUCACUUCCAAAAUCUCAGCUUUCCCUGUAUUCCUUUCCACUCGCUUCCGACAACCAGAGCCGGCAAUGUCGUCUGGAACAAACCCGCAUCUUCGAUUCGGGUGUAUUAGCGUUCUUGGCCCCUGUGUCGUCAAGGCUACGGUUUAUGGUAGGGUUUCUCGAUCCAACCGGUACCACUCCGCGGCAGAGCGGCAGAACUCGGGAAAUUCGCAUAGGAAGCACCAGUGUCCUGUGCAUGCCAGACCUCAAAACCGACGCACGGUGGGAACAUUCGCCUGUGUUGUCCUCAGCUGACGGCGCGGCCAGAGACAUACCCGAAGGAAUUGCGGUUUCGCCCAACCAGACCUUUAUCUGCGGUCUCUCUCCGACUCUAGCGAUGAAUCAGGGGCCUAGAAUCUCAGUUCAACCUAUCCCACAUCCUCUUCCGCCUAGUCAGGGCAGUCUCACAUCGAGCCCUGGCAGGCAUGAGUUGUCUCGAGCGCUCAUAUCAGCGUUAUUUUCCAGACGAUCACCUUCGGACGUCAUACGUGCACUGUCAGCGUCAGCGGUGCCGUUGUCUGCGAUUGAAACUGUGCUACUGGAAGCGGUAGCAGCGCUGGAGACGAGUGCAAACGGUUUGCAGCAAACGUGGUAUGACGAGUUCCUUGGCGUCAUAACAGAAGUUUAUUUAGCGAGGUCGCGGACUGAAGACGACGAGACUUCUAAACGUGCAUUGACAGCGCGUUGGAGGACCGCGCAUGACAUGUGCUCAGUAGCGGCGUUCAACAGUGCGUUCGAAGACUGUAAAGACGGCGACAACUAUGAUCUCGAGGCUGUAUGGCAGCUGGUCGGUCUCAGUAGAUGGCUGGUGGGCCUGUUGGAGAAGCUCCUAAAGCGAUGCGUUUACAUGGGGGGCACGGAGACACCUACCAAGCCGGAUCCUACUCCAGGGAGUCCAGGGAAACUUUCCGUAGAGAUGGAUGUAUGGCUUUCUCCCGAUGCAACAAUCCUUCUCCAUCUUAUUCAUCCUUACGCCUUCCAAAACUUGAGAGACGCGGUCGCUCACGUCAAGCGGUUCCGUGAUGAGCUCGAUCCACUGUCACCGAAAGGCGAAAGUGCACAGAUAGCCAAGGAUGUCUUGAUGGACACGGCUGACUCGUCUGGAGUGGACUUGAAGAAUCUCCUGUCCGCUCUCGAUGAAAUCAAAGGCACGCUGAAGCACUCAGUUGACGAACAGCGAAGGAGCCUCGUGAAAUGCUCCCUACUACCAUCCUUAAUCGCAGUUGCGCGCGGGGCUGUGGAAACGAUCCUUGAAGGCUCAAUUAUAGACAGGCCCAAGCUGUUUAUCAAGCCCUCAGAACUAGUUGAUGGUGUCACGCGACUGUCUCUGACAGACCGGCUCAAGGAUCGGGACACCGACGUCGUAUCGAAGGGUCUGCUUAUUCAUCCUGGACUAGACUUCGUCUGUACGCGCUGCGGAGGGAGGAGUGAGACGGGUGGACCAAGUGAGGUCGCAGGGCAUGUUUCGCAGAACUGGAGUGCCUGGGAGCAGACUUGGACAUCGCGAUGUGUAUGCGGGGGAGGCUGGAUGCGUGUAGCGGUACUCUAGCACGGUCAUUUGUAGAGCUUACUAUACGUGCGAAUAUCAUGAGCGCCGUGGGCGGCAAGUGU